CAGAGAGCUAAUUUUGGAGCCAAGCAGCAUUCAAACAACCACCUGCUCAUGCCUCUCACCGAGCUGUAGACUUCGGCGGUGAGGGGGACGGUGGGCACAGACAGCCGGAGCAGUGUGGGGGUGUGCUGAAGGAGCGCUCUACGUCCAGGGAGAAUGUCAAGGAGCAAAGAGCUACAGGACCUGCUGCUCAUUAAAGAACUGGAGGUCAUCUUGGAUUCCUGCUCCGUGGGGCUCACACCGGUGGAUGAAGUCUGGCCCAACCUGUACAUAGGAAAUGUGGCUGUAGCACAGAACAGAAAGACAUUACAGAAGCUCAGCAUCACUCAUGUCCUGAACGCAGCGCACGCCAAGCAGGGCAGCAUCGGUGACCAGAGUUUUUACGGGAACACCUGCGUUUACUUUGGCAUCCCAGCAGAGGAUUCAGAGCACUUUGACCUCAGUCAGUACUUCAAACCUGCAGCUGAUUUCAUACACAAAGCCCUGAUGAGCAAAGAUGGCAAAGUGCUGGUGCACUGCAUCAUGGGCGUGAGCAGAUCGGCCACUUUGGUCCUAGCAUACCUGAUGUUGUGGCAGCGUCUUUCUCUGAGAGAUGCUCUGAGGCAUGUCGUCCAAAAACGAGCCAUUUACCCCAACCGGAACUUCCUGGCCCUCCUCCUCAAGCUGGAUGAACAGCUGACACGAAAAAGGAGGUUGUGUCCUAUUCUCUGACACCCUUCGUUCUCACUGCUCCUUCAUUUGAUUAAUCAAGACCUCUCUAUAUGUAAUACACCACUCUGAUUGGUGAUGGAGUAGUUUGUAAAUAUGAUGUGUAAUCAGAUUUUGUUUGAUGUAGUUGCGGGUGUAA